AGCAUUCCCUCUGAAGAUAUUGCAAGAAAUUUCACGAAAUGGACAGUCUAUGUGUGAACUAUAGGAUCAUGGACAAUCUCCCAAGGAGCUUUACAGUUCCCUUAAAAAUUACCCUGUGGACAAGAUGGUUCCAUUUCUACGUUCAGACUCUACAUAUAAAAUAAAGAUUCACACUUUUAAUAAGACUGACACAAGAAGGGAAAAAUCAAGCGAACAGAUGCACUUGAAUGUCUGCCAUUUGAAGAAAAAGUGAAUUGAAAGAAACCACAACAUACAUUCUCUGUUUUGGAGGAUCACGGUUUGGACCCAAACUGCAUCCCUGAGAAUCCACAUAAUAAUUACUUUGGCAGAUGGAUUGCAGAUGGACGGAUAGAGCUUAUUGAGUCACACAGUGUCAAAAAGAGGCACUUUGUUGGAAAUACAAGUAUGGAUGCUGGUUUGUCAUUCAUCAUGGCUAACCAUGGGAAAGUGAAAGAAAAUGAUAUUGUCUCUGAUCUGUCUGUUGAAACAGCAGUGUACUUUCUUCUAGGUGGCCUCCUGAUAGCAUGUGCUCAUUUUGGUGCAUAUGUUUAUGGGACAGACAUAGACCACAACAUAGUUCAUGGCUUGGGAAUGGCCAGUAGGAAAAAACAGAUAUGGAGAGGACCAGAUGAAAACAUUAGGGCCAAUCUUUGUCAAUAUGGUUUAGAGAAGUAUGACCUUGAAGUCCUGGUUUCAGAUGCAUCUAAACCUUCCUGGAGAGAGGGCACAUAUUUUGAUCCUCUAUGUGGUAUCAGAGAAUCUACGAGAAGAACAGGUUCACUGAAGGAAAUACCAAAUGAGAUAGAAAAAUGUCCAGAAAGCCACAUUCCUGUUUCCUUGAGUUAUCAUCUGAGUGAUACGUUUUUUGACUUGUUAAACUUCUCAGCUGAGACCCUUGUGGUAGGUGGAAGACUAGUCUAUUGGUUACUAGUGUAUAUACUAGAAUACACUGAAGAGAUGGUGCCCUGGCAUCCUUGCCUAAAACUCAUUAGCAACUGCGAGCAGAAGCUUUCCAGUCACACAUCAAGGUGCUUGAUAACAAUGGAAAUGGUGAAGAAAUUUGAGAACUGCGACCGGUAUUCACAUCUGCAAAGUGAUCAUUUUCUGCCAUACCAAGGUCAUAAUUCCUUCCGUGAGAAAUGUUUUAGUGGGGUAACAGAAAGAAUUGCCAAGGAAGAACAAUCCAGCCAGGAAUGAAAAUUAAGAUUUUGACAAUGAAGAAAGGAUGAGAAUUUGAUAGAAAAGACAUGUGGAUGUGAACUUUCGUGUAUGAUCCAGACAAUAUGUCCUGUUUUUAAAUAUUUUAUAUAAAAAAGGUACAAAGGUACAAAGUAAAUUGAGCAAUGCUUUUAAAGUUA